GAUCUCCAGCGCACAGCCUUAUCCCGCAACCACCCUCACCUGAUUUUUCCCAGCCGCCGCUCUGGGCUGUCAAAAAUCCUGCUCGCCGGCAGAAGCUCCCAGCCGCGCGUAUCUCCCAGCCAAGCUUCCCUGCUUCCCAGCCGUCGAAGCUCCCUGCACGUCGUGCUCUCUUCCAUGGUGCGUGCCGCAGUUUGCCCAGUCGCGUCGCAGUUUGCCCAGUCGCGUCUGCUCCCUGACACGCGCUCUGUCCUCAUCCCUUCUCCAGGGCCCCGCCUGCUCUCUGGCCAGCCGCUCGAUCCAUGCUGCUGCUCACCCAUGGCGGCUCCCUUGCCAUGGCCGCACGCUGCCGGUUCCCUGCUCGAUUGUGUUCCCCUGCGUCCUCCCCUGCAUCGUGCCCUGCUUCCUGUUCUGCGUGCCGGUCGUCUCUUCCCAACGACGUGUCCUCGUCUUCCCCUCUGUUCUCUCUCUCUCUCUCACUCUCUCUCUGAUGCCCAUCUCUCAUGGCCGGCUUGGGGAUCCUGCUCGCGAGCGUGCUCCUUCCCUUUAAGCCCAUGGCGCUCGGCUCCCUGACGUUCGUCCUGGUCGCCGCGCCUUCUCUCUGCUCGCUGCUCGUCGGUGCCUUCUUUGCUCCUCAAUCCAUGGCGCCCGGUUCAGCUCAUGCCCAGCUCCAACUCGGCGCCCUCCCUGCUCGAUCUCUGCUCCAGCUCGGUGCGCUCCGGCCCUGGCUCUCUGCUGCGCACCUGCUCCAGCUCCUAGCCAGUCGGAGCUCCUUCUCCCUUGGACUAGCACGCCGGCUCACUGCUUGGCCCCCUGCCCCAUCGUCCUGGCCGCGGUCUCGCCCUGCUGCUCCAGCGCUGCGACUUCCCAGCUCGCUGCGUCCUUCUCGCUCCAGCUUGGAUUCGCCUAUCGCGGCAAACGUCUUAUCUAGCUUGUUCGUAGCAGCAACUAUCGUUCUAUACCUGCAAGUCCCUCUUCAACCUCAAUAGGAGCUCCUGAUCAUCGGAAGGGUAGUAGAUGGCGACGGUGGGAUGCAAGGCAUGAGAUCCUGGCUUCUUGCUGGACUUCUCCACGAGGAUGAUCAGUUGUUGCUGUGUACUGCAGAGAUAAUUGCCAUUGUAGACGAAGAGCGGACGGGAUUCGACGAAAUGGAGGCCAUGGCGUUGGUUUCUCUGUUCUGGAGACGCAGACGACUGCCAAUCGCCAAAACGGAAAGGUGACAGCGCUUGGAGCUGCGUAAACACGUAUUACUCUCCUAUCCCCGUUUACCGUUGGCCUGCGCAGACGCCGUCUGGCAUACUCCUUUCUACAUUGUUUCUUCUUGCGGCUGGUCUCGGGGUCGGCCUGCUCGCGGCAGCUGGCGUACUCAUCUCCUCGCCGAUUUGGACUGCUGGAGCUGGCGUCUUCGUGAGUUCUCCUCUCCUCUCCUCUCCUACUGCGGCUGCUUCCGGUUUCGUAUUCAAGAGUUCUCCUGCUAUCCUCGGUCUCCCAUGGCUAUCGUAUUUGAACCAGUCUGUUCCCCUCACCGAACCCGGUGGUGAACUUAGGUUUUCUCUGAUUUUGGAUCCAUGGACUUCGAGCCCAGUUGCAAUUCGCCAGACUCCAACGCCAUUCCCAACUCCCCCGAUGUAGAUCCGGCAUUGGGCGAAACAGGUGGCAGUGAGGGACUUCAGAGGAUUGAUGGGGAAUCACAACUGGACUGGGAUUCGAUUAUAGUUUCUGAUGUAUUGGAUGAUGAAGGCAGAGUACAAGUACCAUGCGAAAAUGAGAUAUAUUUUAAUCUUGGACUCAAUAAAGAGGAUGAGGCUGCGAAUAAUAGGUUUUCUGGCAGUGGUACAAAUUGUCAUGCACAAGGAAGUUUGGAUACGGACAACGAAGACCACCAUGCUGAUCAGCCUUGUCAAGACUACAUUCCAGAUGGAAAGAGGGUGGUGUACAAUAGGAUGAAUCCUUCUAUGCAGCCUGGUUGUUUGUUUCCUAACAUGAAAGAAUUUAGGAUUGCUAUGCGACAGUAUGCAAUAAAACAUGAGUUCGAGCUUGGAAUUGAAGUUACUUCGACAACUAGAUACGUUGGAUACUGUAAGGGUGGUGAUUGUCCUUGGAGGAUAUAUGCACGUGAAGAGAAGAAAGGAUUGCCUACUAUUGUGGUAGUUGUACUAGAUGAUGUUCACACUUGCACAUCUAGUGGAAGGAGGAGGACUACUACGCCAACUUGUGGUUGGGUCACUUGCCCAGAUAACGCCCAGUUCGGUCACAGAUAACAGAUAUCGCCCACAGAUAACAGAUAACGCGCAGUUGGGUCACAGAUAACAGACAUACCAAAGGACCUGGAUUCGUCGCUUGCCCAGAUAUCGCCCACAUAACACCCAGUUCAGUUAUCUGGUCACUUGCCCAGAUAACGCCCAGUUCGGUCACUUGCCCAGUUUGUCGCCCAGUUCGGAAAACAGAUGAAGAAAUGGGUCAGAGAAACAGAUUGUCUGAACACGACAACAAACAGAUAACAGAUAACAAAUAAUUGUCGCCCAUUAGUUCUUACAACCGCAUGUCCACAACACAGAAAACAUAUAACACUAAUGUUCUUACAAACGCCAUUCAUCUUGUCUGAACACGACAACAAACACUAGGGUUCAUACAACAGAUAAUACUUCAUACAACACAUAUCAGUUCCGUCCUUCCAAAAUAUAUCCUAGACAGACCAAAAUGACACCAGAAUGAAACCAACCCACCAAAGGCAACCUCAUGUCCACAACUACAUGUUACGGUCGUUUAUCUCUUCGAACCUGUAGUUUAUGACACGAUUGUGCUCUUCGAAUGAGACAUUAGCUUUAAUCUCUUCCCACUUGAAGUCUUCAAAAGCCAUUUCCCAUAGCUCUGGAUCUUCUGUACUGUAGCCAUCACCAAGUUCAUCAUCAUCUAGAGGAUGUUCAUCAUCUACGGAAGGGUUGUCGUAAAGAUCCCAAGUUGGAUUCUUUGUUUCUAAAUCUUCUUCACAGACAAUUGAAGUUUUCUCUAGCUCCUUGCACACAUGUUCCAGAUGCCCACGAACCUUUCCUAUCUUGCCACCUUGU